UUCAUUAACUUAACAUAGCGCCUGUAGGCUUUCACAUUCAACCAGUUGUUCGACAGUCCAAUCAGAGCCUAGUUUCCAACUGUUAUGACCAGGUGAAAACCGCGCAUAAUGUAAAUAGAAAAACAAAUUCUUGAAGUUGACAAAUGACAUGUUGACAUUUCCUGUUCCUACUUUUCUAACCUAAAACUUCACCUAACCUAUUUAGUAUUUACUACUUAUUUUGCUGAGCCACGAUUUCGGACUAAUCUGAUUUGGAUAUAUAUCACGAAGAUCUUCAUUUUUUAUGUAUAAAUAUCAAGGCGAGAUGUAAAAAGUAAUAUGUCAGAAAUAAUAAAUUAGGAAAUAACUUCGAGUGUACUCGAAGGUAUGUAAUAUGAUUUUAAGAUUCAGUUUAAUAACCCAAAAAUUAUCUACGGCAGUUAAAAUUUCAAAAACUAGUGCAAUGAACGCAAGCAAAUGUUAUUUUCGCUAUGUUGAGGCGGAGGAAAAAAUCGACGUAUCAUUUUUGUUAAAAAUUAAAGAUGCGGUAAGACAGUUCAAUUUUAGAAGGCAACCUACUGAAAAUAUACAAAUACUAUGUAACCGUAUUGAAGCAAACGUCCAAAAAGUUAUUUCCAAGAAGAGAAAAAAAAAUGAAAAGUCUUCAGUUGAUGAUAAAAUAAAAAUUGCUUUGUUGGAUGUCAACAACAAAGAAAUGUCUGAUAAAUAUUCUUGCAAGGAUUUAUUUGAAAUGGAAGGACCUAUCAAAGUACAAAUAUGUGAACAGUUUUAUGAAGCUGUGUUUAAUGCACCAUGGAUUAUCAAUAUAAGUUUACCUAAAAGUUUACUUGUUGGAUUUCCUGUUUAUCCUGAGUAUUUUCAAACUCUAUACACAAUGAAGGAUAAAUCUAAUUUCAAUUGGUAUGCAGGCAAACCUGUUAAUGACCAAGGAAAUGUAAUAAGUGAUGUACACAUUAAUUGGAUUCCAGUUGGAAAUAGUUAUUCAUAUGUUCCAACAUCGGUGGAUGUGGGUAUGAAGUUGAAGUUGGAAUGUACUCCAGGUAAUAACAACACCAUUGGACCUGCUGUGGAAACUAUUUCUACAACUGAAGUGGAAGCAGGACCUGGCCCAUGUCCUUUUGAAACAAGACAUCACUUUACAUCUUCAAAAUUAAAGGAUGCUAGUUUCCGAUGUGUUUCGUACAAUAUAUUAGCAGAUUUAUAUUGCGAUUCGGACUUCACAAGAAGUGUACUCCAUCCGUACUGCCCACCAUAUGCUCUUCAAAUGGACUACAGGAAGCAACUUAUUUUGAAGGAACUUGAAGGAUACAAUGCUGACAUUUAUUGCCUUCAAGAAGUGGACAAGAAGAUAUUCAAUAACAGUUUAGAACCAUUUUUGGACAGUCUAGGAUUAAAAGGCUUAUUUUACAAGAAAGGCAAAACUGUUUCAGAGGGAUUAGCUUGUUUUUAUAGACAAUCCAGAUUUGAAAUGUUGGAAGAUGAGAACAUUUUAUUAGCAGAUGCUAUAAAAACUUUGCCAUGUCUACAAUCAACGUGGAAUGUAAUAAAAGACAAUAAGCCAUUGACUGAUAGAUUACUGAACAGAUCAACAGUGGCAAGUGCAACAAUAUUGCAAUCAAAAGACAAUAUAGAUGAAAUAGUUAUUAUUGCUAACACUCAUUUGUAUUUCCAUCCUGAUGCUGAUCAUAUAAGGCUGCUUCAAGGUGGAAUUAUUAUAUAUUGGCUAAGUGAUAUUAGAGACAAUGUGAUUAAAAAGCACCCUGGGAAAAGAAUAUCGCUGAUUCUGAGUGGUGAUUUUAACAGUGUACCUUCAUGUGGUAUUUAUCAGUUAUACACCACAGGUGUAGCUCCAGAUAGUCUUCCAGAUUGGCAGUCAAAUGCUGAGGAAAAAAUAUCCGACUUGUGUCUAUCACAUGAUUUCUCCCUUGGAAGUGCUUGUGGAACACCUCCCUUUACCAAUUUUACGGUUGGAUUUGCAGACUGUUUGGAUUACAUUUUUUAUGACAAAAACGGCUUUGAAGUAGAACAGGUCGUUCCGUUUCCAUCAAUUGAAGAACUGCAAGCCCAUACGGCUCUGCCGAGUAUUGUUUUUCCAUCAGAUCAUAUAGCUAUUAUUUCAGAUCUAAGAUUUAAGAAAUAACUAUUAAAUUAUGUAAAUAUGAAAAAAAGUAUCAUUAAUUUUAUUCCAAUAUUAAAUUGAAUA